AAAAGCGCACACACACUACACACACCAGAAUUCCGAAUCCUCCAAAUCCGUCUGCAAAAUCCACACACAUAAAUCAGGAGUAGUAUAUUAAUAUUUUGCACCAAUCUGUAUUCCUCUGAUUUAUAUACAUAUAAUCAUAUAUAUAUAUAUAUAUAUAUAUAUUCAUCGUCUCAGCAUAAGCACAGUCUCUCUGAUUGGCUCAAUUAUUCAACGUGCCCUAGAUCCACACUCAAUACUAUAAUUUAUAUAUACGUAUACAUACAUACAGAUCUUCCGGCUUGCAUCUCUACUCCUCCGAUCUCCUUUUUCGAGCUCCUCGCUGCGUCUUUCAAUCAGGUAUUGUUUGUUGAUUUCGCCGGGCAAUGAAGAAUAGUUCUGUGGCUGAUUUUGUGAAUGAUGUGUUUCGUGGGAUUUUCUUUUUUGGUUGCCAUGUUUGUGGAAUGGGAGUGGAGACGAAGGGGUUCAUUUAAUGUGGGAGGGGGGAUACGUUGCUUGAGUUUGCCCGUGCUUAUAAAUGCUUCCUUUUUCAAUGAUUUUUCGAUAUCCGAGGAGAUUGCGUGCGCGUGUCGGUGGGAAGUGGGAUUGAUUUAGUGGUAAUUUUUGAUGUUUGGGGAUUCUGGAUUUUGACUCAAAAUUAGGUUUGUGUUGACUUUUUGGUUGCAAAGUUCUCCUUUCCCCCCCAUUCUGGCAAUAGAGUUUGGUCUUGGGGCGGCUUGGAAAAUUUGAAUCCGACGAGAUAUCAUCCUAACUUUACUUCUUUUGGGGCCAAAGUUUAUAUUCUCAACCUCAGUUUUUUGACUACGGGAUCUAAUGUCUGGGUACUGAUGUGAAGUACUGUUUGAUUUUCCCUUUAUCGCCCUCAUCUUCGAUGAGCCGAUCUCUAUCUUUUCAUUGCUGACUUACAUGUUUGAAAACUUUAUCCUUUGCUACACUGCAAAUCCACCCAGGCCCAGGAGGAUUAUUCUGUUACGAAUUCUACUGUUGGGUGCUUUUAUGAUAAGAUUUCUUCUCUUGUUUUCUCGUUUCUUGAUCUUGAGUUGGGGCAGCAUAGUUCAGUGGUAAUGAUGUGUUUCAUAUGUGAACUUCAAUUUUUUAGCGGAUCCAUUGUUCUGCGGCCUGCUUUAGGCAUAUAGGACGAGGGUACUCCUGUUCAUUUUGCACUUUGAGGAGAGGUGAAAGAAUACACAAACUAUUUGUAGAAGUGGACCUGUGAUGCAUAAUUUCUAGAUGAAGUCAGCUCAGGCAUGGCGGCUAGGCAUGAAAGACACGCAAAUAAUGCCAGCGCCUCGCCAACGUGGUCCGUUAAGAAAGCCAACAUGGAUUAUUGUGUUGGUGUCUUUAGUUAGCUUGUUCCUGGUUUGUGCUUAUGUCUAUCCACCUCAAAAUUCAGCAGCAUGCUAUGUUUUCUCAUCUCGUGGUUGUAAGGGCAUGCCUAGUUGGCUUCCACCUUCGCCUGCUAGAGAACUAACCGAUGAGGAAAUAGCUGCUCGUGUCGUAAUUAAAGAUAUUUUGAAUAUGCCUCCUGCUAUACAAACAACUCCAAAAAUUGCUUUCCUGUUUCUCACACCAGGUGCAUUGCCAUUUGAGAAACUGUGGGAUAAAUUCUUCCAGGGUCAUGAAGGUAGAUUCUCUGUCUAUGUACAUGCAUCCAAGGAUAAACCUGUACAUUUUAGCCGUUACUUUAUCAACCGGGAAAUUCGUAGCAGCUCGGUAGUAUGGGGAAAAAUUUCAAUGGUUGACGCAGAAAAGAGGCUUUUAGCACAUGCACUGAAAGAUCCUGGGAACCAACAUUUUGUACUGCUUUCGGACAGCUGCAUACCACUUCGUGAUUUUGAUUUUGUGUACAACUAUCUCAUGUACACAAAUGUGAGCUUUGUAGAUUGCUUCGAGGACCCUGGUCCACAUGGAAGUGGUAGAUACAGUGAAAAUAUGUUACCUGAAGUUGAGAAGAAAGACUUUCGUAAGGGCGCUCAGUGGUUCACAAUGAAGCGGCAGCAUGCUGUUAUAGUCAUGGCCGAUAAUCUAUACUAUUCCAAGUUCAAGGACUAUUGCAGGCCAGGCAUGGAAAAGGGACGCAACUGCUACUCUGAUGAGCACUAUUUGCCGACUUUUUUCUAUAUGCUUGAUCCAGUUGGAGUAGCCAACUGGUCAGUAACACAUGUUGACUGGUCUGAAGGAAAGUGGCACCCGAAGUCGUACAGGGCACUGGAUGUGACGUAUGACCUGAUGAGAAAUAUCACAUCCAUUUCAGACAGUGUGCAUGUUACAAGUGACGAAAGGAAGCAAGUCCAGAUUACACCAUGCCUGUGGAAUGGGAAUCCACGUCCAUGCUAUUUGUUUGCAAGGAAAUUUUUGCCUGAAACCCUUGAUAACUUAAUGCUACUUUUCCCCAAUUAUACGUCAAUUUGAGCGAGAGUGACUUCAGUACCGAUUCUUUGUGGAUUCAAGCGCAUCACACCCUUCGUCUCCGUUUCAGUUUUAACUUUCUGCUCUGGUAAAGCACUGUGAAGAUGGCUUCUUUCGGAUUGCAAGCAAAGGGUAAGUGGCAGAAAGUGAUGGAAGUCGUCGUCGAAAAGAAACUGAAAGUGAAGACAGGGCCGGUGUUGCCUCCUUGGGGACAACCAUUUGAUGUUUAAUUUUUCCCUCAAUUUGGGCUAUUUAUGUUACAUUGAAACUCUAGGGACUUAGGGCAGCAUCCUACUACAGCUGAUCCUUAGUUUUGUAGAAGUUGAAUUAUCAAGUUGCAAAUAUGGCCUUGGCGGAUACAGUUUCUCUCCCUCUCUCUCUUAUAAUUGUUUUAUUAAAUUUUUGUCAGGUUUCUUCAUUUUCUUGGUAGAAUGAAGAGACUUAAUUAUUAGCUGUAAGAAGAUACCUACUUACACAUUUGUGACUUCAGUUCAAUCAGUCAGUGGUGGUUAAUAUCCUCUGUUUUAAUUA